AUAGCCUGACUGCUUUCUGUUUGUUGCGCGACGCAUGGGGAGCCGAAUAUAUCUUUUUGUCCUGUCGUCCCAGCCAUAACUUGUAAACGCUUACUGGAGAAAGUUGCAAUUGCAUCGGGAAUGGCGUCGAAUGAGCUCGUGGACAGGGCAGCGUCUUCGGCAAGAGCUGGCCCGCGCGUAGUGGUCAUGCGGCGUGAACCGAUUCCCAUGGACCUUUUGGUCGUAAAAGAGGACGUCAGCAAGCUACCUCGGGGUGUCGUGCAAACACCCCAGCAAUUAAAGGAGGCGCGUCGGGAUAUAAAUUGGGCCAGCCACCGAGAGCAUAUAUUUGCGGCAUGUGCAGCUGGGAUACACCUGGCGUCGUUCGCCUUCAACCUCGCAUUCUGGGGCUUCGAAGGAAUGCCCCCCGAUCGUUACUGGCCCAACAGCCCAAGGCUGCGGUUGGGCAUCCGGCCCGGGCGGUACGGCAACCUGGACGGGGCGCAGCGCAUUUUCAUGGACAACCUGGCACGCGUGGAGGGCAUCCGGGAGUAGCGGCUGCUCGGAGAAAUGUGCGACAUGCAUGAGCUGUACGACACGUAGGUUUUGUAGAAGCCAGGAAACGAUGGGGGCAAACGUACCGGUAAUGGUUCAAAUGGCAAAGGUGUAUGGGGCUGUAAAGGCUACCGGAAGUAGGGGGGAGGAAAGGACAAGUAGAUUUGUGUUGCUCAGUUCUUAAGGGUAAUACCACUUAUAUGCCCUCCACAUGGUGGCUAGGGUCCAGAGCCUGUCCAGAGCCAAGCAUGCAGGCAGGCCGCCUGGUGGGGUGGUCGGCUGCAGGUGCGCAAAAGAGGGGCGUGAGCUUGUGGCGUGAUUGAGCGAGUGUGCACGGAAGCAGCGAAGUGCAGCAAUUCCGUUGCAGAGGGGGCAAAAAAGAAAUUCCAAAGUGUGGUAUGAUAAUUUGCAGAGGGGGCAGGCAGUUGGGGCGUUAGGCAACGACAGGCGCGGGGUCUAACUGCAGCGUCGCUGGAUGUGGACGGAGGCAUGUGGACGGAGCAAGCGCGCCUUGAGGUGGCGAUUGGGGGUGAUGAGGGCAGUACAGCCCGGCCCCCAUGUUGCCAGAUGCAGGAGGGCAUCGCGCCGGUUUGGUUGACCUGAGGUGGGGUAGUCAACCAUGGUCCGGAGAUGAGAACGAGGAGGAGACGUGCGGCUAGGUUGCGGUCAAGCGGACAUAGGGGAGGUGGUGCCUGCUGCGAGGCAUUGAGGUGGCCGUGGCCUUUAAGUAGGCAGUACAACCCGGAAGUGUGCGAGGAGUGCGAUGUGCGGUACAAUGUUGUGGGCAUUCAUGUCUGGCUUUGUUGGCUUCUAGGG